ACCUCCAGCUGGUUGACGUGUCCUCCCUGACGGAUGUCCAUCGCUGCCGCGGGGUCCACGAGCUUUCCUGCCCUCCAUCCCUCAUCAGGACCUCGGUCUCCUUCAUCUCCUCCUCCUCUCGCUCCUCCUCCUCCUCCUCCUGCCUGUGAAGAAUGGCUUCAUAUGAACUACAUAAAUCAGCAGCAGCUGAACAGGUCUUUUAUUGUAUUUCCAUUCAUCAAACCGUCACCGUACGACCAUCAGAUCUUCCACUGCUUCCUGCCUGAAUCAGCUUUCAGCCCGUCAUCCUCUCCUGUCUGUCACAGCCUCCCCUGCACCUUUCAUCCGCUCUGUCCUUCAUCUUUUUGUUCCCAUGGUGCCUCAUUGCUCUGUUUGUUUGCUCCCUGCGAUGUUCAGGUGGGUCGGACCCUCGGCGAGUCUCGGCAGAGCUCUGCGGAGGUUUGUCUGUGCAGCAGAGAUAAGGUUUUAAGGGUCAGGACUAAUUUUGAGUCCUAACACAGAGGCUGCGUUUGAGUGAGUGAGAGGUCAAACACGGCAGAUACGUCCACUACAACUAU